AUGCGUCUCAAUCUUCCCAGCAUCAUCGUCCUCACCUGGGGAGUUGUCGGUGGCCUCUGCGCAUGGCCAAAUGGACCACUCGUCACGUCUGGGCGAUGGAUCCAUAAUUCCCUAGGCCAGAAUGUCACGUACGCUGGUGUCAAUUGGCCAGGUGCGGCAGAUGUUAUGAUACCUGAAGGCUUGCAAUAUGCCUCUAUCGCUUCCAUCGUUUCUGGGAUCAAGAGUUUGGGAAUGAACGCUAUUCGACUUACGUUCGCCAUUGAGAUGAUCGACGAUAUCUAUAAUGGAGGAGACGUUACGCUUGCGACUGCUUUCAAUAAAGCGCUGGGAACGACGAAUGGUCCCGUCGUGUAUAACAAAGUGUUGAAGAACAAUCCCUCGUUCUCGGCGAGCACUACUAGAUUGCAGGUCUACGAUGCAAUUGCCGCCGAAUGCCUGAAGCAGGAAAUAUACGUCCAUCUCGAUAAUCACAUGUCAAAAGGAGGUUGGUGUUGCUCGACCACAGACGGAAAUGCAUGGUUCGGAGACACAUAUUUCAACGUCGCAAAUUGGAAGCGUGGGUUGGAAUACAUGGUCACUCACGGCAAAUCAUGGGGAAACCUGAUGUCCAUCGGAAUGCGAAACGAACUCAGGACACCUUCUGACAACACCACGCUAACUAACAACUACUAUAAUUGGGACAACUGGUACACUAACAUGGUCGCCGCCUCGAAAAUAAUCAACACCGCGAACUCCAACAUCCUAAUCUUCUUCUCCGGCCUCAACUUCGACACGACUCUCACGCCUAUCGUCGCGGGCACCAAUCUCGGCUCCUCCGUUUAUUUCAACAAAACCUCCUUCCCGUACUGGGAUAAAAUGGUCCUCGAGCUGCACGACUACGAAAAUUCGGUGUCAAGCUGCAGCACGCUGCAAAGUGAUCUAACGGGGAACGGAUUCAGCACUCUUAGCGGAACACAGACGAACACGAUGCCGAUGGUGGUCACGGAAUGGGGACACGAUCAGACGGAUGGGAGCUAUACGGGGGUCUAUGCGAGUUGUUUGCAUAGCUAUCUGCCGGCUCAGCAUGUGGGGUGGAUGAUUUGGGUUUUGGCGGGGAGUUAUUAUAUUCGGUCUGGGACGCAGGAUUAUGAUGAGACGUGGGGUCUUUAUAACCACAAUUGGUCGGCUUGGAGAUCAACGGCUGCGGUUGCGAAUUUGCAGAGUAUGGUUUCUGCGACGUUGGCUUCUUGA